AUGGAACGUCCCAACGGCUCACAUUUUCAGGAUGGACACUACCAGAUAAAUACCUACCAUCAAGGAAGCUAUCGAGUGGCUGACACCAUUGUGUCGAGCAACUCUGUCGAGAAUCUAGGUCUUCCGUACGCCUGGAGCCAGCCGGCCAUCCCACAAAUGAUGGAUAGGCAUGUUAAUGACACCGGUCACAUACAGCAACAUCCACAAUUCCAUCAUAGUACUGCUUCCAGUCAAUACCUUCAGCACUUCCAUGGCGAACAGGCGUACGUGGCGCCUUCAGGCUCGCUCUUCCAAAGUCCGGCAUUUUAUUCCACCGAUAACUCUGUCCAACCGUUCAACGAUACUUCAGACGGUCACAUUUACUUGGCACCCCGCGAUAUACCGCGAACGGAUUAUCGUAAUUCCCUCCACCUCGUUCCCCGGACAGUCGCUGACUACAUCACUGCGACAGUAUCCAAUAUUCCGCCUGGCUCGUCGGAGCCUGGACCAUCUAUGAUCAGCUUGCCUGCCUCUAGGCAGCUAGCUACCGAUGCCGUGUCCGACGCUGCUGAGAAGCGGCGUGUCAACCCGCACCGAUUCUUUUGCCAAUACUGCGACAGAGGCUUCACAGCCAGGCACAAUUAUUAUCGUCAUUUAGGCGCCCACAAUGAUGAACGUCCGUUCAGCUGUGAAUGCGGGUCCGCCUUCACCACCAAGUCAGACCUCAAACGUCACAUGUUCAAGUCAAAGAAGCACGGUAACGGACAGUUCCAUUCGACGGAAUGCAAUGAAGCUGGAUAG